UUAUUGGUAUGUAGGUACAUACUUAAAUAUCUUAAAACGAUUUUUAUUACAGAGAAAUGCCACCAGCGGAAAGGCACUUUUUGGGUUCAAUUAUACUUCAAUGGAUGAGCAACAGAGGAUUUCUUAUGAACAACAACUGUUACACAUAUUGGCUAAAUGGAGUCACAAUGAUUUGUUGUCAUGUUACAUUUGUUUUGCAAUGUGUUGCUGUGAUCGAUGCGCGUGAUGAUCCGGAGAGGCUUAUGCAGUGUUUCUGUGACGCAUCUUUCGGUGGAAUGUGUGUUUUAAAAGAGUUUUUGAGAAAACACCGUCAUUGUUGGAUUUCCCUUCUCAGUAAAAUUAGUCAUUUAGAAGAGGAAGAGCUUGAAUUCGAAACAAAAUCAAUAAACCAGGACGAAGACGCGCAUAAUAUCGUGUUUUCUGGUCACAUCAAAGAAAUUAAUAAGAAGGUUAAAAAGUUAAAUAACAUUUUGUCCAGACUAUUCUCAGUUACAGCUAUUGGAUAUAUGUUGACACCGUUUAUAGAAUAUGGUAUCAGGAAACUUAUCGGUGCAGAAACAGCUGGUUUACCCCACAUUACACAAUAUUGGUCACCUUUGAAAACAAACCUUCUUGGAUACAUUUUAGCAAUAACGCUUGAAAUUCUAUUUGUUAUUAACAACUAUGCCGUUCACACCACAUUUGAUUUUUCAGUCUUUGGAAUUAUGAUAUUUAUCAGUGGGCAGUUUAGGUUAUUACACGACUACAGUGAAGGAGACUGCGGCUCAACAUUAUGUAUUUCUGAAACAAGGGAAGACCUUGCGCAUGCAAAAAUAAAAAAAUGCCAUGAAAUCCAUGUUAAGCUAAUAAGGAAACCAAUAUAAUAAAAGUGAUGGUUUUGGCUCUGUACACGCUUUCUGCCUUCCUUCAAUUGUUCCUGUUUUGUUACUUCGGGGAUAACUUACAAAAUAUGGUAGAUAAAAAUGUAUUUGUAAAUAUAAAAAUGUAUACAUAUAUAUGCCAUAGUUAUUAAAGGCAUCGUAAC